AUGAGGGCGAGGUACAAAUGGUGGACAGCGCAAAAUCGUUCGGUUAGACCGUUGACCUCUGUAGUACCGCGGUUCGACUGUGCCACGAUGACCCGGCAUUCAAAGAACAACACAGCAAACUCUGUAUUUUCAAAGGCUGAAUACGAUAAACUCAAGGCACAUUAUGGGACACAGAGAGCCCUCCUGGGCUCCAAGUCUCAUCGGGCAUUCAACGCGUGUUCACUAUGUCUUUCCAAGGCCGUCAACCCGGUCUCCUGUUCCAAAGGACACCUCUUUUGUAAGGAAUGUGUGAUGAAAGACCUUCUCUCGCAACGGGAUGGACUUGCACGAAAGAAGCAGGAGAUAGAAGCCAUCAGGAAAGAGGAAGAAGCAGCAAGAGAGGAAGUAAGACUCAAAGCUCGAGAAAGAGUACUUUCAGGGAAUACAGCUUCACUGUUUGGGAAACGCAAGGAACGUGACGAUGCCAAGGAGGCAAACG